CCACGUACAUCCUCAAUCAUUUCCAACAUGGUGUGGGCUUGGCAACUCUGGCUGUCGCCUCGACCGCCACACCGUUCCAUUACCGCCACCCAGUCAUCCUUCACCGCGACUGGGAACUCAGCACGCUACGACGUCCUAACAGUACCUGAUGGGCUCUGGGGCGUCCGCGAGACACAUUAUAUCGACAACCCCCGCGUCAAGGCGGGAGAGUCUGGUCCCCCACUACACUUGCACCUCCUGCAGGACGAGUACUUUCAAGUCGAGCAGGGGGUGCUGGGUGUGAUUCUAGACGGCAAAGAACACGUCAUCACCAAGGAUGACGGGAUCCUCUGUGUAGGCAUCGGCAGCCGUCACCGUUUCUGGUCUCACCAAUCCGCCAAGGAAUCCCUAGUCUUCCGGGCGUGGGCAGAUCCCUGCAAGGAUAUCGACCACAUCCUCGACGUCAACUUCCUACGCAACAUUGCUGGCUAUCUGGCCGACUGCCACGCAGCGGGUUUGGCGCCUUCCAUGUUCCAACUCAUGCUAUUUUACUACGACGCAUCAUCUCUGCUCUGCCCGCCCUUCCUCGACUGGAUGCCGCUUUGGCUUCUGACAUUCGUACACUACGUGCUCGCGGUCUGGAUCGGCGCGAAGUUUCUAGGAUAUAAGCCAGCGUAUCCAGAGUACACUGCGAAGCCGCGAACUGAUUAGCUAGCAUGAUGUAUACCUGAUGCUGUUGUGCCUGUCAGAUGAAUAGUGAUAUGCGAGAUGAAGGUGUUGAGGACUGAACUUGAUAAUAAUAGAUCAUCGACCCAAAAUUUCGAGUAACCAGUCCCUGUGCAACGAUCUUACCAUUUGACUGUGUUACAUUUCCUGGCCCUUUGGAGUGUCUUGUGGUCGACUUGAGCAAACUCCUGGUUAAGCAGCCGCGUUUAUAAUGGGCUCGAAACAAUA